AUGGACUCCACUGCCCCGAAGCAGCUCUGCAGUAGCCACCCUUUCAUGUGUGCAGUGUGUAACAAGAGCUAUGCCCGCAUCGAUCACCUUGCAAGGCAUUCUCGACAACAUACCCAAGAAAGACCCUUUCGGUGUAGUGAAUGUGGAAAGUGCUUUGGACGAGCUGAUCUUCUCAAGCGUCACGCUAGACUACAUACCCCCGAGGCUGCUGCCAAAAGACGCGAGAAGGAGGCUACCAAAGGGAAGACCCGUGUUUCACAAGCAUGUGCCAAUUGUGCUGCUGCCAAGAUCAAAUGCACACAGGAGAAGCCCUGUAAAAGAUGUGACGCACAGGGACUGGUCUGUGAACUGGCGUUUCAGACAUAUGCAAAUCACAAUGUCUCUCCUACCGUCUCUACUACUAGCACACCAAGUUCCCUGUCGGGCUCCCACCCAGUCUCUCCUCAUACCCCUUCCGCUGGAGAAACUGCUGCUGCACGGGGCGAGAAUGCUCCCGCUCUGGAUGUGACAGAGGGCUGCCUUCAAGAGAAUCAAGCAAGCGUGGGGUCCUCUGGAUUGCUACGUUGGGCAGUCCAGGAACAGCUCCCGCUCGAACACGUGGACUUUAGUCAGGCGAAUCAAGCCACUAUUGCGGAUGAUCGUAAUCCGAUACCGCUAGAUGUCUUGCGUGAAUUUCCGCAACAUACUGAAAUAAACGAUACCGAUCGCACAAUGGCCGAGCGUGAUAGUAACUAUCACCAUUAUUACCCUGAAAGAUCAUCCAUUCGAUUCGAGCCAUUCAGCCCGACUAACCCGAGCGGCUUCAAUAUUGGCCCCCAACCAGCCGUGACAUUCCAGAGCUUCCAGCUCGAUGGCCAAGGGACUGAACCAUUUUGGGGGUACCAUACAGCUCUUGUAGCUGACUCCCAUCCACCUCCACUUGUUCAGGCUGAAGUACCUCAACCCCAAAUUGGGGUGAGUAAUGACGGGCCUAUUGGGCAAUACGAAGAUGUGCAAGAGCCCACAGCGCUGGUCACAGUUGAAGACGAUGAGAAUACGCAUCUUUCAAUCAACCAGCACAAUACACAAAGCAACGCUAUUGAACAGGAUCUUUCUCAAGAUGGCCAAAAUUUAAAGCCAUCGCAACGCCUUCUGCCAGCCUCGCGCGAUCGCAUAAUCGGUCUCCUGGCCAGUGUAUGCAGCCGCGAAAAGUUUCAAGAAAUUGUGAUCUCGCUGUACUCUGUUGAAAUUCUUAAUGAAUUGUUGGAAAAUUUCAUAGAAUCUGCCGGACGAUCAAUAGAUUCGUGGACCCAUCUGGCCUCGUUGGAUUUUCACACCAUUCAGCCAGAGCUACUAACCAUGCUAGUUGCGAGCGGAGCCAUCAUGUCUUCCAAAAGAGAUAUCCAGAAUCUCGGUUAUGUCAUGGAAGAAGCCUGCCGCUUGGCAAUAUUGAAGAAAGUUAGACACGGUUUCCUCGAGCUUGAACACACUCGAAAGGAUUCCGUAUCAGCCCAAUCCACACUCGAGCAAUCAUCAGUGGGAGUGGGGGCGCAGAAUUCUGACUGGUAUAACCUUGCUGUACAAAACCUGCAAUUUCUACAAGCAUAUGCAUUGCAGCUUAAUGCUGGAAUGUGGAGUGGAUAUCAUAAUAAAAUCAAAAACAGCGAGGCAGAAGUCCUUUCCUUGAUCACAACUCUCCGCCGCCUAGGCCUUCUGCGCCUUCAUAAAGUGCCCCCUCGUUGUGAACCUUCAUUUCGAGAUUCUCCCGAUACGCUAAAUCGCAAAUGGCUAUCUUGGAUUGAGCACGAAUCCUUGAAAAGGCUGGUUUACCAUAUACAUCUUCACAGCUCUCGGGUCUCUAUUUCUCUUCAAACACCACCUCUCAUAUCAUAUGCUGAAUUAGCCUUGGAAUUCCCUGUUCCAGUCGAUAUAUGGCUGGCUCCCACAGCCGACGCCUGGAGGGACCUUUUCACUAUCUAUUCGCGCGAGGUUAACGAUAGUUGCCCUAAAUUUGGAAGUUGCAUCUUCGACAUGAGAGAAAUCAUGUCAUACUCCGCGCAUGUGGACUUUGACUUUGUUCUACAUGUUAUUCUCUGCAGUUACUGGGCUCUUAUUUGGGACUACCGCCAAUUCAUCACAGUUGCAAAUACCUCCUCUUGGUCGGAGGAGCGGAUAGAUUCCAGUGCAAAAUCUCCAUCUCUACUCUCCGAGCAGAGAAUUGAAUCUCUACUCGAGAGUUUUCAAAGCACCCUUGCAGAAAAGCAUGUCUCUCUGCUUACGGAGACUCGGAUGCUAUAUCAACUUCUAAACGCGAAUCUACAUGCACCUUUCCAGUGCUUUCAACUCCUUGCCGGUAUGCACGGUGGAAACGAGGCCCGGCGCGCGUAUCCGCUUGUGAAGCGCUGGUAUGGUACCAGACGGUCGCGCCAGUCCAUCUGGCAUGCCGGGCAGCUACUCCGGGCUACCACUGCUGUGGCCCCGAUGACAGCGACAGUAUCAUCGACUACGCAGUCUUCGUCCUCGAGCUCAAUCUCCCCUCCCAGCUUUCGACCACAAGACUAUGACCUACGGGAAACUGGAGGUCGUGUUGCCGGGACUGGCAAAUUACGCGGAUUCGAGGUCAUUGCUGUGUAUAAUGCCUGGUUAGUGCUAUGGGCAUACGGCCUCAUGGCCCGGGCAAGGCAGCAAGAAUGUCAGCAGAUUAACAGUGUCAUAUCCCACAUCUCAUUUGGGUCAUCGAUGAACCCAUCCCCAGCCGCUGUGACUCCCGAUAUUUGGCAUCAGUGCGAGCAUAAUGACCAGUCUACUACGCGUGCAGAUGACAAAUGGAUCUACCUCGAUGGCGAUGCCUUGGUAAAUAAGGACCGACGCGAUGAAUUUACGAUUAAAAACAGGGGGUGGCCAGUUAUUCAGUCUGACCUUCCGUCCUGGGUACAAAAUAAGCCAAAACGCACCUCAGAACUAGAAGCAUCGAGAAGAACUGCACAGCCUGGGGGCUGUACGGAGACGAUACCUUCAAACAUGCUAAACAGUCCGCUCAUGAACGACCGAGCAACUAACAAACAGGCAGACAAGAAUGAAGUCAGUCUUGGGAGAUCAGAAAGCUUGACUGGAGUACCUCUACAUGAAGCUAGUCGUGUGGUGCAAGUUGUCAUUGAGCUUAUCAAGACACUCGCUACCAUGCCAAAGAGGGAAGAUGAGAGGUCUGAGAGGGAGUCACGGAGUGAAAUGCCCUUCCUGGCUGAGAGCCUGACACGUUUGAUGGAGCAUUUAGGUAGAGCAACGGAUGAGAUCAAUGUUUGA